UGUGGUACAGUUAUAAUAGGAUUAAAUCUAUUUCUAUGUAAACAAAGUGACCUGAUUUCUCUUGAACCUUUGUGUGCAUUAGGUCCGAGUAAGUAGACUGGCCAAACUGACAGCCUGUCAUGAUGAAAGGGGGUGGAGCUUCUGCCACUAACCAAUCACAGUAUGAGGAGGCGGAGCUCAGUGUUGAGAAUCAAUGUACACAGUCAGAGAGGAGCCAUUUGGGGAACUGGGUGACAUUUCCAGCAGCACAAUGAGCUUCCUGUGUUUAUUUAUGGUAGUGAUUCAUUUACACGCCUCGGCUUUCGCGCUUCCGUCGUCCUGGUGUAAUGGAACAUCACCUCCUGGAUACAUUCCAUCCAACGCCAUCUAUUUCAACACCAAAAGCCGCUAUGAAGAAGUCAACCCUUAUCUCAUAUCCGAUAUUUUGGCUGUCAACGAGUCCUGGGUGAAACCUCCAUCUCCACAAUGCAAAGCCGCCCACCUGAGCGUCAUCAUCAGACACGGAACCCGCUACCCCACCUCGGGGAACAUCAAGAAGAUGAUCCAGUUCUCCAAGCUGGUGAAGAGCCAAGCUGAUCUCCGCUGCGUCAAGGAGCUCCAAACCUGGAAGAUGUGGUACAAGGAGGACAUGGACGGACGCCUGGUGGAAAAAGGACGCUCAGAUCAUAGGCAUUUGGCUCAGAGGCUGAUUAAAUCGUUCCCGACGCUGAUAACAAAGGAGAAUGUAGAAGAAGGACGAGUGAAGUUCAUCACCAGCUCCAAACACAGAUGCGUCAACAGCACGCUGGCCUUCAAACACGCCGUCAUGGAGGAUCUGAGGAUUCAUGGUGUGGAUUUGCCGCACACCAUAAACGACAGUCUGAUGCGUUUUUUUGAUCAGUGUAAACGCUUGGUGGAAACGGUGGAGAAGAACAAGGAUGCGGUGAUGGAGGUGGAGCGUUUUAAAGACGGCCCAGAGAUGAAGAGAGUCCUGGAGAAACUGGCGGAUCGAUUACAGCUCCCUUACAGCAAUGUCACUACAGACGCAGUGGAGACGGUGUUUUAUCUGUGUGCCUACGAGUUCACCAUCCUCAGCAAGAACUCACCCUGGUGUCGGUUACUCGACGACGCAGACGGACGGGUUCUGGAGUACGCUGGAGAUCUGAAGCAGUUUUGGAAGCGUGGUUUUGGUCACGACAUUAACAGUAAAGCCAGCUGCAUUCUCUUCCAUGAUCUCUUCAGACGCCUGGACGCCGUGGCCGAGCAGAUCAGGGCAGGUGGGCGUGUCUCGGAGGUGGUGAUGGUGCAGGUGGGCCACGCCGAGACCUUACUGCCCCUGCUCACUCUGUUGGACCUGUUUAAAGAUGACGUUCCUCUCAACUCUUCCAACUUCGCUCUGCACCUCGCCCGAGCCUUCCGCAGCGGGAGGAUUGUACCCUACGCCGCUAACCUGCUGAUGGCGCUGUUCGACUGCCCCAAUGGCCUCCGGCUGCAGGCGCGGCUCAACGAGAGACCUUUGACCCUGCCGGGCCUGGAUGACCUUUCACCUCUGUACCAGGAUGUGAGAAAACGCUACAAACAGCUGCUGGACGGAUGUAACCAAGACACAGUGUGUGCGCUGGACAGCUAAAAAUAUAAACAAAUGAAAAAAAAUCAAUAAAAAUGAUUUCUGUCUGAAUAAAAAAA